GGAAGGGGAAGGGGAAGGGGAAGGGGAAUGGGAAGUGGAUCAUCAUCAUUGCCACCACCACCGUCAACACUGCCAUUGAUCAUAGAGGAGUUCUUCAUCGUCGUCUAUGAAGACCCUUUGGUCAAGAAGGAACUCCCAAAAAAAUUUGCGGACUAUCUUGACGGCAAGGAGCCAGCUAAGGUGUAUCUGCGAGCAGCUGACUGCGGUCCUCGUCUCUGGACCGUGGAGGUCCUAUUUGACGGACAAGGCCGGAUGUACCUCGACAAGGGCUGGGAGAAAUUCGCCAUCGCGCACGGUGUGGAUUUCGGCUGGUUCGUACACUUCAAAUAUGAAGGCGAUGAUGUGCUCACAGUGAAGGUGUUUGACGGAACAAUGUGCAGGAGGUACUACUACUCAGACGACGAAGAUACUGAUGAUGAAAGCGACGACGACGUGAAGCCAUGCAUCCAUCCCCUUUAGAUAAUUAAGGGGAUCAUGACCAAGAAUAUAUAUGUAGCUUCAUAUGCAUCGAUUUAGAGAUCUAGCUAUUUUCUAUAUAUUAUGCAUGUAAAAAAUAAUAUCGCAUUUCCACUAUUAUUCGAGCACCACAUCCUCGCCGCCACUGCUAGGUCAACGCCGGGAUGCACAAUGUUUAGCAUAAAAGUCACUUUAGAUUAAGCUGCGAAAAUAGUCACCUGCCAUGGGCUGAGGCGGCCCCUACAG